AUGGCGAGCACCGGCAAGGCGGCUGGGGCGGGGCGAUCGUUGUCGGAGUACAGCGAGGUCCAGAGCAGCCGCCUCGACGUUCACCUUCCUCUUCCUUGCGUUCUAAGAAACCCCUUCAAUCUCGUCGACGGCCCUCCUAGCUCUGCUGCUGGAAAUCCAGAAGAGAUAGCAAAGUUGUUUCCAAACCUAUUUGGACAGCCUUCGGCAAUGCUCAAGUCGGCUACUACUUCCGGGGCGGCAGCGGAUCAAAGUCUGAUUAUUGGAGUUGUCCUGUCUGGAGGACAAGCCCCUGGUGGACACAAUGUGAUUUCUGGGAUUUUUGAUUACUUACAACAACGCACGAAAGGAAGCACUUUGUAUGGAUUUAAGGGUGGUCCUGCUGGGAUCAUGAAGUGUAAAUAUAUUGAGCUAUCUGAAGAGUUUGUCUAUCCCUACAGAAAUCAGGGUGGCUUUGAUAUGAUUUGUAGUGGUAGAGACAAAAUUGAGACUCCUGAACAGUUUAAGCAAGCUGAAGAAACAGCAAAGAAGCUUGACCUGGAUGGGCUUGUAGUCAUUGGUGGGGAUGACUCAAACACUAAUGCUUGCCUCCUUGCAGAAAACUUCAGGAGUAAAAAUUUGAAAACACGGGUUACUGGAUGUCCGAAGACCAUUGACGGUGAUCUCAAAUGCAAAGAGGUUCCCACAAGUUUUGGAUUUGACACUGCAUGCAAGAUAUAUGCAGAAAUGAUUGGAAAUGUGAUGAUAGAUGCACGUUCGACUGGGAAAUAUUACCACUUUGUGAGGCUUAUGGGUCGGGCAGCUUCUCAUAUAACCUUGGAGUGUGCUCUGGAGACGCAUCCAAACAUUACAAUUAUUGGGGAAGAGGUUGCUGCUAAGAAGCAGACACUCAAGAAUGUGACAGACUACAUUACAGAAAUAAUCUGCAAACGCGCAGAACUUGGUUACAAUUACGGAGUCAUACUUAUUCCAGAGGGCCUGAUUGAUUUUAUCCCCGAGGUACAGCAACUAAUUGCAGAGCUCAAUGAGAUCCUAGCUCAUGAUGUUGUUGACCAAGAAGGCACGUGGAAGAAGAAACUCUGCAGCCAAUCGCUCGACCUCUUUGAGUUUUUGCCUCCUGAAAUUCAGGAGCAACUGCUUCUUGAGAGGGACCCACAUGGGAACGUGCAGGUUGCCAGGAUAGAGACAGAGAAAAUGCUUAUUCAGAUGGUGGAAACUGAGCUGAAUAAAAGGAAACAUGAGGGCAAAUACAAGGGGCAAUUCCAAGGACAGUCUCACUUUUUUGGCUAUGAGGGUAGAUGCGGUUUGCCUUCGAACUUUGACGCGAACUAUUGCUAUGCAUUGGGCUACGCUGCUGGAGCCCUCCUUCAUUCUGGAAAGACUGGAUUGAUUUCUUCAGUGGGGAAUUUGGGUGCUCCAGUUGAGGAAUGGACUGUUGGUGGAACAUCAUUGACGUCCUUAAUGGAUGUGGAGAGAAGACAUGGGAAGUUCAAGCCUGUGAUUAAGAAGGCCAUGGUGGAGCUUGAAGGUGCACCAUUCAAAAAGUUUGCAUCCUUGAGGGACGACUGGACCCUGAAGAAUCGUUAUGUCAAUCCAGGUUCGGUUCAGUUUGUUGGUUCAACGGCAAAUGCAAUCAAUGAAACUUUAAUUCUGGAGCUCGGAGCACAAGCUUAG